AUGACCAUUACAUCAACUGAAAUUCCCGCCAUCACACAUGACUUCCAUGCGGCCAAGAACAUUGAUCGGCGUGGCACUGCCCUUUCACUUACCAACUAUGCCUUUCUGUCAGUGUUUCGCAAAAUAUAUACCUUCUUGGAUAUCAAAACCACCUUUGUUACUUCUGUCGCGUUCGUUGGAAUCAAUUCGGCUCUUCGUGGUACUGGUCUGAACUCAAUCGCUCUCAUUAUCGUAGAGCCAUCGCAGGUUUUGGUGUUGUAA